ACGUACUAAAAAUAAUUUUACGAAAUGUUUGAUUGAUAGCUACGGGCUCGAAUAGCACUCCAGCGAGCAAUUAUUUCGCGCUUAAAGUCACGGAUGAUAUGUUUAAAGGCAGCUCCGAACAGAGCAGUUCGACGGAGGGAAGCCCACUUAGUACAGUUUCUGUUAGCUCAACUACCGAAUCGAAAGUGUCUAUAGUAAGCGUAUGAUUAUUAUCUUGUAAUCACGAUAAUGUAAAAUAAUAUCUCGGUUUAGAUUUCAGAAGACAAGGAUAACUUGUUUCCCGAGAAACAGUCGAUAAUUAAUACGGAUUCUAAUUCUCCAUACGAAAAUCAUAAAUACGCCAAAAUGCACGAAGUAUUGAAACGAAAUUUGGAGAAUCAAGCAAUUAGUUCUCAAGAUUUGCAUGAAUCUUUUGUGGAAUCUGUAAAUUGGCAUGACGACUUUGAUAAUAAUGAAAAUGUCAGAUUGAGUAGAGGACUAAAGGCUAUAAAUGAUACAGUAAUUUCUAGCUCGCAAGAAACUCACGGUCAAAAUAAUAAAUUAGAUGUGGCAGAUGCGAUUAAUAUGAAUUUCGAGUUUCCUCAAGCUUCUUUGCAAACUUUUCACGAUAAUUCAUCGAUAUUAAAAGAUUGGCACAAUAAUUCAAUUGUGGAUUUACUCAAUAUUUUUAACAUUUAUCAUAAUAGAUCUGAUCAAAAUGCUAAAAAUGUUCAAGAAUCAAUUUUAAAUUUGAAUACAGUUAACAUGAAUGGUAAUGAGGAUCUUGAAGCUGCCGAACAAAAGUACGUAAAUCAAACAUCGAGAAUUAGAAGGGCAGCUAUUUUAAAUAAUGCAUUUUACGACGAUGUGAAUCAAAAUCAAGAUGAUUCUGAUACAAAGGACGAAAAUUUGGAUAACCAAUUUCAUUUUUCAAAUAUCCUUGAAAAUCAGCCCGAAUAUCAUAAAUACGCGACUAGAAAUUGGAACGACGAUAUAGAAGAUUUUGAUCGACAUUCGAAAAUUUUCCAAACUAAUAAGAGAAAAAAGAAGUCUGGGAAAAGGAAUAAAAAAAACAAGCACUUGGAGAAACACGGAAAGAAAAGCAGUUCGCGUUCUCCUUCAAAUAGAAACAGAAGGCAUCACACACAUCGAUCCGACAUGACGAAGAACGUUAACCGAGGUGAUUCAAAGCUGAAGCAAAAGAACAAAGCUGAAGCAUCUCCUUUGAUUGGACGCACUAGAAUCCAGAAGAGUAAAACAGCCGAACAAGAUCUGCUUCGCGCAGGAGUGAAUGAGGCAUCGGGCGAAAAAGUGCUUUACGAGAGCGUGGAAGAUCAGAGCACAGUGAAGCCGAAGGAGGACGACGCACGGAGAAAGGAAAUUACAAUGCUCCUCGCAGCCGACAAUAUCGACGACGAGUCGCAGAUGGACGUGGCUCUCCACGGCGAGCUGGCUGGUAAAAUCGUCGAGCAAAUAUUCGAACAGGUUCAACAAAAUGAUCAAUUGAAGAAUGUCUUUGGUCCUGGGCUACACCGCGAUUAUAAAGCAGAAGACGUGAUAGCGGGUAACGUUUAUCGACAAGGACUCGACGAAGAUGGAACCAAUCGCACGGAAACGAUGAUAAAGAGAGUUAUGGAGCUCCUUGGUACAUUAAUCCUAAAUGAAGCGCAAAAAGAAACUUGUGUUCUCUUAUCGCCGGAAAUGCGAGAAUUUUUAGGAUGGAUGUUAGAAGUGGAUCGAGAAGAAUCACUGGAAGAAGCACCACCGUUGCCUUUGAUACGUGAGAAAAUCAUUCCGGAGCAACACUCAGGACAUAAAUUCCUAUUUGACAGCUCUUCCAAGCAAGAAAGAAAAGAAAAUAUUAAUGAUCUAGAGAAAAAAGUGAGAGUAUUGGAAACUCUUGUAAAGAAAUACAAUGCAUUGACAGCAAAAGAGAAAACGAAAGUUCAAGUAGUCCACGAUUAUUUGAUUCGGCAGUUGAAUCUAAUUUUGCAAUAUAUCGAAGCGCGAGAAAGUACAGAAGCAAAAGAUAAACUUACAUCGAUACCUAUUGGAACAGCUAGAACCAAAAUCGGAAAUAUUUUGCAAUAUCAAAGCGCAGUGUCUAAUGCCACUAAUGCAAGCGAUUUGAUAGAAAAAAAUGCAUUCUCUUCAUCAAUCAAUACGCAUAAUCCUUUUCGUUCUAAUAACCUCUUUGAAACGGCAGAUAGGCAGCUCCAUGAUAGUCGUAUUGCAUCUCGUCGUAGAGAAACGCGUAGUCUCGACGAGAAUCUAUCGAAACAACAUUACAAAACAAAACGUCAGAAAUUCCAUAAUCAAAAGAGGAAUAAAAACUACGGAAAUUCAAGGCGAAGACACAAGAAGCAUUUCAAACACCUAGAUCGGGCAGGACUGUCAUCGGGAAAUGGGAAAUCGCGAAAAAAACGCGCAAAUCCCGAAGAGAACAAUCAAGCUUCACUUUAUUAUUUAGGCUAUGAGAAACCAAGAAUUUACGAUUCACUUGAUGUCCUCGAUGUGAAAUUGACAGGGAAGAAAAAGAAGAGGAAACGGGAAUUGGCCGAUAAGGAAAACGUGGCAACCGAGAAUGACAGGAUGCUCGAUUUGUUACCAAUAAAGGGGAAGAAUCGCGUGGAGGACGAAGUGAUGCUGCUCAACAAGCGGGAAGCCUGGAAGAGGGAGAACAAGAAACAGCUGGAGGAGGUCGCCUUUGGCAAAGACAUGAGGAAUAGCACGAGGAGGGAGAGGGAACGAUUCGAGAAAUUGAUGGAAGAAGAUAAACGCAAACCAAUCAAUGAGACGAGUUCCAGAAUGAAGCGAGAGGACAUGAUUCGCGGGACACCAGCCAACAGGAAUACAGAUUGUCUUAAUAAAUUUCAUACAGCAUCCGAAAUUUGUAAUAGUGAAUCACGAAAUCAUUUGAAGUCGAAUAACGCUAAUAACAGCGUAAAGAGCAAGAAUGAAUUAGAAUUAGUUGAGCGAAAAAUUAAUGUUUUCCCGGAUAACAAAACCGAUGCAGCAGUUGAUUCCGCGGUUGCGGAAGUCAGCACACAAGAAAAGUUAGCGACAAACGCGGGAACCAAUAACGAGGUUAAGGGAAAACUUCGUGCUAUAAAUCGCGAGACAAAAAUUGACAAGGCGGGCGGAAGUACGGGCUUCGUAAACUUGACGAGCGACACGAAGCGGGUCUCGAAGGGACGACAGAAAGCUUCGGCAAUGGAAAAAGAAGCAGAUGAUAACACUGUAAAAUUAAAUCGAACGACAAACUAUCGACGUGAGGAAGUAGAUCCUGAAAUCGAACUGAAAAAUCUGAGACAGGGACAAGAGGAAAGAAUUUAUGACGACGCAAACUGGAAGAUGACCGACUACUCUUAUGAUAAUGAUAAUCUAUCUAGAAAUAAAUUAAGGAAAAAUUACGUGACUAAGUUAGACAAACUGGGUGACCUAGAUACAGAUCCCGAGAAUAAUUUGGAACUUCUGAGAUUAAGAAAUAAUAAAUGGUCGAAUGACGUCGUCGAAUGGAAACUGCUGCCAAUAAUAAAAAGAUUACCGCGUUACGACUAUCCUAUUUCAUCGAGAAUAGAAGAAGAAACACCUAUAUUAAGCAAUAUAAAAGAUAUGAAAUUUCAAUCCAACGCUUACUUAAACAAUCCGAAACUUUGGCGAUUAGGACAUCGCAGAAGAAAUGUUUUUAAUAUAUUGCCCAUACUGACAAUAACUAACAAUGAUAAUUUUCCGCGCAGAAUUCAUCGAAAAAUAAAAUCUAAGAUAGCAAAGUUUAAGAAUUUACAAGUAGAUCCCAGAAUUAUUUUUAAAGUUCGACAACUAUCUAGGUUAAAGAACACUAAAAGAUCGAACAGCAUUGCAGAAUUUGGAAUGCCUUUUGUAUUGAAAGAUUCUAAUCGCAAAUACUAUGAAAUACUUCGACCUCGUAAUCAUUCAGAGCUCGGUGAUCGAGUAAUCUACGACGGAAUUGAUCUACGAUUGCCAGUUUGGCAAUCGUAUCAAUAUUACAAUAGUUUUGCGGAUUCGCCGAUCUUUCACUUUGUUCCGAGUAUUCGUGAGAAAGGCGAUGACAUAUAUCGAUAUCCCACGGAAAUAUUUUUCGAGUAUGACCCCUUUAAAGAGCACCGGACUCAAGACUUGAAUCGACAAUUCGCGAAACGAAAUAGAUUUCGUACGAAAAAAGAAGACUCUGUCGAAUUUCCGAGAGAUAAUUUAACAAACAAAAAUUCGAAGUCCAAAUUCAUGCAGAUAAAGUUUCACAUGGAAAUGGACAAGCCAACCCUUGCAAAUCGCAAAGAUCAUCUCGUUUCCAGUGAAACAAAAUACACAGGAAAGAUGAAAGAAAUUAACAAAACAAAAACGAAAUUAAUAAAAUAAAUAGGAUUUUUGAUCGAUGAGCAUUAAAGGCUUUUAAUUUAUUGGCAUAAAUAUACAUAAUUAUUUUUAAAAAUUUAAUGUAAUCUAUAGCCCAAUAUGGAAGAUAAAUCAAGGAACUUGAAGAAUAUAUCGGAUUGAUGUAAACACGCGAAGAAAGGGUGCUGCAUUGCAUCGCGUUGCAUUUUCAGGUCAAAUCAUGACGUGAUAAUUGUCAACGGGCGUCUAAAUAAUUUCAUAAUCAGAUAAAUCGGAUAAAUCGACGAUGCGCGAUUAUCGUAAUUGACACAUUCGCCAUAUCUAUGCACCAGACAAGCCUCGUAAAUCGUCCUAGCUCGUUGGGAUGAACUCGGUGUCGUCGCGUGUUUGCAUACACGUACCAUCGUCCGCGCUAAUCCAUCUGCAUGAACGCCAUCGCUGCAGUGCAGUUAAUGGUGUUGUCUUCCAAUAAUUAGAUUAGCAGAUUGUGUCAAAAGUUAAGAGACUUCGACAGGUGAACGUCACGUCUUAAUCUAACAUUAAGUUAGAGCGAUUUAGAAUUUAUAUGUGUCACGUAUAAGUUUGUCGAAUAUUUCUUCAAAGCACAAAUAUUGAAGAGAAAAGCAACUAUCUAUCUUAGCUUUUGCUAAGAUACAACAACAUUGCGCUUUAUUUUUAUUUAGCCAGAUUAUGUAAUAUUUACCUUAUUUGUAUUUAGAA